AUGGCGGCCUGCCAGGUCCAGCUCUGGAAGGCGCCUUACAAAGGGCCAGCCCUCGUCGAAGCCUGGGCCAAGCUUGCCUCGGGAUCUGCUCUUGGGCCCCUGACUACCGGACCAAAACCCAGGCCUCUCAAGCAUGACCAGUAUCAACCCAUUGAAUACUUGGUGCAUGGUGACCGGGACCCCCCUCAGGGUCUCCAAGACAUUUGCAGGCGGUCAACAAGGAAGUCACAGCAGUCACCUCCACCUGAUUGCAACACCUCCAAGGGAAAGGAUUUACGCCGGGGCUUGGGGGAGCUACAGGGCGACACUCAGCUAGAGUUGGGGGCCUGCUUCCUGUCUGUGGGAAGCAUUGCCCUGGAGAUCGCGAAGGGGCGAGCUUUCAUCUGCGGCUGCACGGACCCAGAAGGGCCGGCCGUCCAGCCGGCGGCCGCGGCAGAGCGAGAACUGAGAUUUUUACCUCCUAUAACUCCACCAGAAAAGUUUUUUCUUUCCCAGCUGAUGCUGGCACCCCCAAGGGAACUCUUCAAAAAGACACCUCGCCAGAUUGCCUUGAUGGAUGUCGGGAACAUGGGCCAGUCUGUGGACAUUAGUGGGCUUCAGUUAGCCUUGGCUGAACGCCAGUCUGAAUUGCCAACACAAAGUAAAGCUAGCUUCCCUAGUAUUCUCAGUGACCCAGACCCGGAUUCUUCUAAUUCUGGAUUUGACAGCUCAGUUGCCUCUCAGAUCACAGAAGCUUUAGUCAGUGGACCAAAACCACCUAUUGAAAGCCAUUUUCGGCCAGAGUUUAUUCGUCCACCACCUCCACUUCACAUCUGUGAGGAUGAACUGGCUUGGCUAAAUCCCACUGAGCCUGACCACACAAUUCAAUGGGAUAAAUCAAUGUGUGUUAAGAAUAGCACUGGUGUGGAGAUCAAGCGAAUAAUGGCUAAGGCCUUCAAAAGCCCCUUAUCUUCUCCCCAGCAAACACAGCUCCUUGGUGAGUUGGAAAAAGACCCCAAACUUGUAUAUCAUAUUGGCCUCACUCCAGCCAAACUUCCUGACCUUGUGGAAAACAACCCUCUGGUCGCCAUAGAAAUGUUGCUAAAAUUAAUGCAGUCAAGCCAGAUCACUGAGUAUUUCUCCGUCCUGGUCAACAUGGACAUGUCCUUACAUUCAAUGGAAGUUGUAAAUCGACUGACUACAGCUGUUGAUCUACCUCCUGAAUUUAUUCACCUUUAUAUAUCAAAUUGCAUCUCUACUUGUGAACAAAUUAAGGAUAAAUAUAUGCAGAAUCGCUUGGUGCGUCUUGUAUGUGUUUUCCUCCAAUCCUUGAUCCGUAACAAAAUUAUUAAUGUACAGGACUUGUUUAUAGAAGUGCAAGCAUUCUGUAUUGAAUUCAGUCGGAUACGAGAAGCUGCAGGUCUUUUCCGGUUGUUGAAGACAUUGGAUACUGGGGAGACACCUUCUGAGACCAAACUGUCCAAGAAAAACAUCAGCCAGUGCUUUGGGAGGCAGUAUCAUACCAGUGGGAUCAGCAUCCUCGGUGCGGGUUUGAGAAGUACCAGCGCAAGGUGGCACUUAUGUGGGCCCUUAACCUUUCAUGUAACUUUGGACAACAGUGCCUUCCAUUAAAGUUCUUUUUUAAAAUCAA